UCGACCACACUGUUUGUCCUCUCCAAGGCUUUCCCCCCUUUCCAUUUUCUGCAUCUCAUAGCCUACUCUUUCCUCCAUCUGGGAUUUUGUCUACCUUUCUUUUCAACGUUUGGCAGAUGUGGACAUGGAUCAUACCUGGGUUUAAGAAGUCGUUGACGGGGUCUCUCUCGAAUAUGAGUUUCCCCGUAAGAGCUCUGACUUUGGCGGGGCAACUUUCCCGUGCACCUCGGCGCUCAGCCUGGUGAUGCUCAGCCUGGUGACCACUUUCCCUCUUCAUUCACUGAAAGGGGAAGUUUAAACACACACCGGCGGAUUUGGUCUCGCAUUCAAUAGCCUAUACACGGUUUUAUAAAAAACAAAAAGGAAUAAAUUAAAAUGCAGAAGAGUGUCAGGUUUAAUGAGGGACACGCUAUGUUCCUCUCAGUCGUUGCGCGUAAGGAGGGUACCAAGCGCGGUUAUUUGAGCAAGAAGACCACGGAGAACAGCAGAUGGCACGAGAAGUUCUUUGCGCUGUACCAAAACGUGUUUUUUUACUUCGAAAACGAGCAGAGUGUACGGCCCGCCGGGAUUUACCUCUUGGAGGGCUGCACCUGCGAGAGCGUGCCUGUUCCGAAGGUCUCCACUGCGGGAAAAGAGACCCUCGACAAACAGCACUACUUCCUGAUCGUGUUUGGCCAUGAUGGACAGAAGCCUCUGGAGCUACGGACUGAGGAGGAGAAUGAAUGUGAUGAAUGGGUGGAGGCCAUCCAACAGGCCAGCUACUCUGACAUUAUCAUCGAGCGUGAGGUCUUGAUGCAAAAGUACAUCCACCUGGUCCAGAUUGUGGAGACAGAGAAGGUGGCAGCCAACCAACUACGCACUCAAUUGGAGGAUCAGGAUACAGAGAUAGAGAGGCUCAAAGGAGAGAUCGUUGCCCUGAACAAAACCAAUGAGAGAAUGUGGCCUUACCAUGUAAACCAAGAGGAUGAAGACCCAGACAUAAAAAAGAUUAAGAAGGUGCAAAGCUUUAUGCGUGGUUGGCUGUGCCGUAGGAAGUGGAAACUGAUAGUUCAGGACUACAUCUGUUCUCCCCAUGCUGAGAGCAUGAGGAAGAGGAACCAAAUCGUCUUUAACAUGGUGGAGGCUGAGACAGAGUAUGUCCACCAGCUGUCUAUCCUGGUUAACUGUUUCCUGAGACCUCUCCGCAUGGCCGCCAGCUCCAAGAAACCUCCAAUCAGUCACGAUGAUGUCAGCAGUGUGUUCCUCAACAGUGAGACCAUCAUGUUUCUACAUGAGAUAUUCCACCAAGGUCUCAAAGCCCGGAUAGCGAACUGGCCUACACUGGUAUUGGCGGACCUGUUUGACAUCCUGCUGCCUAUGCUGAACAUCUACCAGGAGUUUGUGAGGAACCACCAGUACAGCCUGCAAGUGCUGGCCAACUGCAAGCAGAACCGAGACUUCGAUAAGCUGCUGAAGCAGUAUGAGGCUAAUGCUGCCUGUGAGGGCAGGAUGCUGGAGACCUUCCUCACAUACCCCAUGUUCCAGAUUCCACGUUACAUCAUCACCCUGCAUGAGUUGCUGGCGCACACUCCGCACGAACACGUAGAGCGCAAAAGCUUGGAGUUCGCCAAGUCCAAACUAGAGGAGCUGUCAAGGGUGAUGCAUGAUGAGGUGAGUGAUACAGAGAACAUCCGUAAGAACCUGGCCAUCGAGAGGAUGAUUGUAGAGGGAUGUGAUAUACUACUGGACACCAGUCAGACCUUCGUCAGACAGGGUUCUCUGAUUCAGCUGCCGUCGGUGGAGAGGGGGAAGCUCAGUAAGGUGCGUCUGGGCUCUCUGUCUCUGAAGAAGGAAGGAGAGAGACAGUGCUUCCUGUUUACAAAACACUUUCUUAUCUGCACACGCAGCUCAGGAGGCAAGCUGCACCUGCUCAAGCAAGGUGGAGUCCUGUCUCUGAUAGAAUGUACCCUCAUAGAAGAAACAGAGACCAGCGACGACGACUCGAAGUCCAGUGGUGGUCAGGUAUUCGGUCAGUUGGACUUUAAGCUGAUCAUCGAGCCGUCUGACUCUCCCUCCUUCACUGUAGUCUUGUUGGCUCCCUCACGACAGGAGAAAGCUGCCUGGACCAGCGACAUCAGCCAGUGUAUUGAUAAUAUCCGCUGUAAUGGUUUGAUGACUAGUGUAUUCGAGGAGAACUCCAAAGUCACCGUGCCUCACAUGAUCAAAUCUGAUAUGCGCCUCCAUAAAGAUGAUGUUGACAUUUGCUUCAGCAAGACACUCAACUCCUGCAAGGUCCCACAGAUUCGCUACGCCAGCGUGGAGCGGCUGCUGGAAAGGCUGACGGACUUGCGCUUCCUCUCCAUCGACUUCCUCAACACCUUCCUCCACACCUACCGCAUCUUCACUACUGCUGCCGUGGUCAUGGAUAAACUGGCUGACAUCUACAAGAAACCUUUCACCUCUAUACCUGUCAGGGUACAGUACCACUCAUUUGACCGCCUGUCCAUCACGUCCAUCUGUCCUGACUACAGCCUGAAGAUCAGGAAGAUAGCCCUGGAUCAGUCCAAGUCUUUGGAAUUGUUCUUUGCCACCAACCAAAACAACCGAAGUGGUGAUCACACCAAUGACAAGUCCCCCCGUCUCUGCCGCAAGUUCUCCGGUCCUCUCUCCAUCUCCUCCCACACCUCCUCUCCUGUCCGCACACGCAAACUCUCUCUGCAUUCCCCCAUCAGUGCUAGGGUGGGGGGGCUGGACCUUACUAACAUUAACUCUAUCCCCUCCUCCUUCUCUCAGUCCGCUGUCAGUAGUCCAACCUCAGCCCAAACCCCUACAUUCCACCCCCCCACCCCCCAGAACUCUACCCCCCAGACCCCCACUACCACUUCCCCCCCUCCCACCUCCUCCUCGCCCCCUCCAGGUGGCAACAGGACCCCCCAUGAACAGGCCCCCCUCCCCCCCUGUCUACCCCUGUCCUACCCCGAACAGAGUCCCUCCCCCACUACAGAAGGGCAGGAGCUGCCUCGUGUUGACGCCUUCUGUGGAAAACUGAGACGCAGCAUCCGCAGAGUCCUUCUGAUUCUGAUUGGGAGCCCCCACUGCCAAGGUGCCCAUCCCCCACAGGAGCUGGUUCAUCUAGCCGGACCCCUGCUGUCUCCGGCUCCACACCUACCCCCACCCGGCCAGGGGAAGAGCAGUUGUGCGACCGGUAAGGGACUCAGCUAUGACUCUGUCAUGGCAUUAUUAGAUUUUCAACUGCUGGGGAAGGGCUACAAACUGUUUGUGGACAAUUUCUACACAAGCCCUACCCUGUUCACAGACCUGAGGAGGUUGGAUAUGUGGGCUUGUGGCACCAUUCGGCCCAACAGAGUGGGCUUUCCUAAAACCAAGGUGAACGACAUGCCUAAGCGGGCUGAGCGGG